AUGUCUGCUCCCUAUCACACCGCCCCACACUCGACUGGAAUUAUAUGUCCCCGCGACAAUGCAAUAUGGCACCCCUCGGGGCCGGCGUUCGGGGACGCCAGUUUCCUAUCAGGCGGGCAGCAUGCAAGACAACAUCCUUCCCUCAGUACCAAGCUCAGGUGCACCGCUGCCGCUCUAGAUAAUCUUGCGCUUGAGAUUGACGCUAUCGUUAUAGGCCUCUCAGGGACUCAGGAAGUAGCUGUGCCAGUUCUCAUUCAAGACCUUCAAGAUGCACGAAGCGACAUCGCCUAUCUGAUUAAACUGGUUCACAAGCAACACUACAUAAUAGAGGGCAGAGACCAGGAAAUCGGAAUCUUGUCGCAGAAAGUUUUUAGCUGGCAAACUCUGGUUGCCAAUCAAACAGACGGCAAUCCUGCGGCUUCGCCAAGAACAGCAACUAGCCCCGCUUCUAUGGAAAAAGAUCGUAAAGCAGGGUUAUAG